AGGGGGCUAAUGUGCAGUUUCUGCCUCAGAUUCUUUCAACUAAGUCCAAACCCGUAGACCGCAUGCCACCAUUCAGCAGCCGCGCACGGUUCAACUCCACUGCAGCAGUAGCGCCAUUUUCCUCCGUCAUCUUCUGCACAGCCCAAACUCAGCCGCAAACAUCGCUCAGAACAAACAAAUAGAGUCCGUCAGAAAAUAUUCCCACGCAAAGGAGGGAGACAAAGAAAGAGAAGCAGCAGGAGCACGUCACCGUUGCCAUCGCUCAAUGCAAGUCUCUUACAAUAACGCUUUCAAGCACAACCGCCGCGGAGGUCGUCAACGGCCUCAGCCGUCGAUCUCGAAUCUACGGCCAGGUCAGGUGGCAUUCCGUAUAGUCUGCCACGCGUCGGCUGUAGGUGGCGUGAUCGGGAGUUCCGGUUCCGUGGUGGCGCAGCUCCGUCGGGAGACGUCAUCCCGAAUCCACUGCGUGGAUGGUGUUCGUGGCUCGGACCACAAGGUGAUACUCAUAAUCGGGUCUGGAUCGGUUGAGAAAAGGAUCCGAUUGAGCGAGAGCGAGGAGUGUGACGUGUCGUGUGCUCAGGAGGCGAUGAUUAGGGUUUUUGAGAGACUUUGGCAGGUGGAGGCGGAGAGAGACGGUGGUGGUGCCGUGUAUGGUGGCGUUGAGGAGGAGGCAUACUGUGGUUUGCUUGUCAAUACGACCCAGAUUGGCGCCGUGGUCGGGAAAGGAGGGAAGAGCAUCACGAGAAUGAGGCAAGCGAGUGGAGCCAACAUCAGAAUCCUGACUGCUCCAUCUUGUGCGACAAAGGAGGAUGAGUUGAUCCAGAUUACAGGUCGCACUUUGGCUGUCAAGAAAGCCCUUGUUGCUGUUUCUAGCUGUCUUCAAGAUUGUCCACCGAUGGAUAGAGAUCCAGUACCCCCAAGUAGGCCUCCGGCACCCGCUGAGAAUGCUUCCUAUGAGGCCUUCCGUGAUCUGCAUGCGGAAUUGUUUCCUCACCUUAGUUCACUGUUGCCAUCUAUGUCUAUAAAUUCUGCAAGCACUGCUUCAAAUGCCCGCUUGCCAUCCAAGGAUGUUGAUGGAGAUCUCACCUUGGACAAGAAUGGUACACAAAAAGUUGUGUUUAGACUACUCUGUUCCAACGGGGCUGCUGGAGCCAUUAUCGGUAAGAAGGGAGCUAUAGUCAGAGCUCUACAGAACCAAUCAGGUGCUGCUAUAAUGUUUGCAGCUCCAGCAAUUGAGUCUGGUGAGCGUGUGGUCACCAUAUCUGCAUUUGAGAACCUCGAGACAUGGUACUCUUACUUUCCUGCACAAAAUGCUGUCAUCCUUGUCUUUGCAAGAUCUGUUGAGGCUGAUAUUGAAAGGGGACUUCCAUCUGGCUUGAGUAAGGGUACUUCUGUAACUGCAAGGCUUCUGGUUGCUUCUGAUGUAGUGAGUUGCUUGAGUGGAAAUGGAGGCCAGGUACUCUCUGAAAUGAUAGGAGUGGCUGGUGCUGAUGUACGAAUAUUGCAGGAGGAGUUGGUCUUUGAUCAUGCUCCAAAGAAUGUAGUAGUACAGAUAACUGGGGAAUAUAAGAGUGUCCAGGAUGCUCUAGUUCAUGUAACUGGUAAGCUGAGGGAUAACCUUUUGCCCCUUGAUGUGCUUAAUGAGGUGAGAGUGAGGAACCCCUAUGGAAGAGUAAGGGAGACCAACCCACCUGGAGUGCACCAACAAGCAAGCCUAUCUCUUAAUACUGACCAACAAACUUUUGCAACACACGGAAUGGGUCAGGGACUUUCUGACAGUACAUUUGGUACUCAUUCAUUAAAACUUCAGCCACAACAGCAGACUAUAGGAAGGGGGCAUUCAAUUACAAUUCCAGAUUAUGAGCAAGGUGUGAAAGUCUUUGGAGGGAAUUUAGAAGUUGAGAGAUCAAUGGAUUAUCUUUUGCCCCGUGAAGUUCUCAAUGAAGUUGGAGGAAGAAGCCCUCGUAGAGGAGUGAGUGACACUUCCUCUUCUGGUUCACAUAGAUCGUUUAAUGUAUCUCUUGAUUCUGAUCAAGAGAGUGUCUUAGCAAGAGGAAUGGAUCAUCUUGGGAUCUCUGAUCAGCUUGGUGGUCCUGCUUCACAAAUCUUGCAGCCACAACAGACUGUGGGACACAAGAAAGCCAGUGCAGAUGGUAGAAGAGCUGAACUUGAGAGUGGCAAGAAAUCUGUUAUUGUGAAAAAUACUACUGUAGAAAUCCUAGUGCCUGCAGAUGUUUUUGGUUCUGUUUAUGGAGAAGAUGGCUGCAAUCUGGCACAUCUUAGACAGAUUUCAGGUGCAAACGUUGAAGUGUAUGAUCCUUGUCCUGGUGAAUGGGAGGGAACAGUUGUUAUAUCUGGGACACCAGAACAAACCCAGGCAGCACAAAGUUUGCUUCAAGCCUUCAUCCUUGCCUACCAGUAAUGAGUAAUCAUCAUCACCUCUUAUAGUCAUGGACUAAUCAGGAGACGGCAAAAUUUUAUGACUUACUUAAAUUAACCUUGCUUUCUCGGAGGAACUACUCAUCCUGCUUCUUUCAUACUUCGACAUAGGUUCAACUCAGAAAAAACAGCCAAAUCUAGGUGUUCUCUGUGGAUAUCAAAAUUGGUGAUUUUAUUUUCAGGAAACAGCUUUUCAGUGAGAUAAAAUCAUAGAGAUACAAGGGCUUUUCUAGUAUCAUUACUCUUUUUAAUUGUAAAUGCCAUUACCCUGCUUUUAUUUCACAGCAUGAAAAGAUGCUUUGUUUGUGGUUUCUUAUGCUCCAUUUUUUAAUUACCACACAUGAUAGGACCUGCUCUAGACUCUCAUUGUUUAUGUGUAUUGUAGCUCUUUUAGUUUUAUGGUUA